AUGGGAUUUGAAGAUCCAACCGAAAGCAGUUUUGACAAGUCCGACAGGAUUUGGGUGAGGUGUUGUUCAGUCCGACAGGGAUAUGGUGUAGUUGUAUUUAUCUCACACUACCAGUCGACCUCUCCGCCCACCAACACCACUCCAUCCACCACCACUCCACCCACCACAACCACUCCGUCCACCACCACUCCACCCACCACAACCACUCCGUCCACCACCACUCAACCCACCACCACUCCGUCCACCACCACUCAACCCACUACCACUCCAUCCACCACCACUCAACCCACUACAACUCCACCCUCCACAACCACUUCGUCCACCACCACUCCACCCAGCACAACCACUCCGUCCAGCACCACUCAACCCAACACCACUCCGUCCACCACAACUCAACCCAACACCACUCCGUCCACCACAACUCAACCCAACACCACUCCGUCCACCACAACUCAACCCAACACCACUUCGUCCACCACAACUCAACCCAACACCACUCCGUCCACCACCACUCAACCCACUACCACUCCACCCGCCACAACCACUCCGUCCACCACCACUCCACCCUCCACAACCACUCCGUCCACCACCACUCUACUCACCAUCACUCAAUCCACCACCACUCAACCCACCUUCACUCUACCCUCCACCGCUCCGUCCACCACCACUCAACCCACUACCACUCCACCCGCCACAACCACUCCGUCCACCACCACUCUACUCACCAUCACUCAAUCCACCACCACUCAACCCACCUUCACUCUACCCUCCACCGCUCCGUCCACCACCACUCAACCCACUACCACUCCACCCGCCACAACCACUCCGUCCACCACCACUCUACUCACCAUCACUCAAUCCACCACCACUCAACCCACCUUCACUCUACCCUCCACCGCUCCGUCCACCACCACUCAACCAACUACCACUCCACCCGCCACAACCACUCCGUCCACCACCACUCUACUCACCAUCACUCCACCCGCCACCACUCAACCCAACACCACUCCACCCGCCACAACCACUCCACCCUCCACAACCACUCCGUCCACCACCACUCUACUCACCAUCACUCAAUCCACCACCACUCAACCCACCUUCACUCUACCCUCCACCGCUCCGUCCACCACCACUCAACCCACUACCACUCCACCCGCCACAACCACUCCGUCCACCACCACUCUACUCACCAUCACUCAAUCCACCACCACUCAACCCACCUUCACUCUACCCUCCACCGCUCCGUCCACCACCACUCAACCCACUACCACUCCACCCGCCACAACCACUCCGUCCACCACCACUCUACUCACCAUCACUCCACCCGCCACCACUCAACCCAACACCACUCCACCCGCCACAACCACUCCGUCCACCACCACUCUACUCACCAUCACUCAAUCCACCACCACUCAACCCACCUUCACUCUACCCUCCACCGCUCCGUCCACCACCACUCAACCCACUACCACUCCACCCGCCACAACCACUCCGUCCACCACCACUCUACUCACCAUCACUCCACCCGCCACCACUCAACCCAACACCACUCCACCCGCCACAACCACUCCGUCCACCACCACUCUACUCACCAUCACUCAAUCCACCACCACUCAACCCACCUUCACUCUACCCUCCACCGCUCCGUCCACCACCACUCAACCCACUACCACUCCACCCGCCACAACCACUCCGUCCACCACCACUCUACUCACCAUCACUCCACCCGCCACAACCACUCCGUCCACCACCACUCUACUCACCAUCACUCAAUCCACCACCACUCAACCCACCUUCACUCUACCCUCCACCGCUCCGUCCACCAUCACUCAAUCCACCACCACUCAACCCACCUUCACUCUACCCUCCACAACCACUCCGUCCACCACCACUCAACCCACUACCACUCCACCCGCCACAACCACUCCGUCCACCACCACUCUACUCACCAUCACUCAAUCCACCACCACUCAACCCACCUUCACUCUACCCUCCACCGCUCCCACAACCACUCCGUCCACCACCACUCAACCCAACACCACUCCGUCCACCACCACUCAACCCAACACCACUCCGUCCACCACCACUCUACUCACCAUCACUCCAUCCACCACCACUCAACCCACUACCACUCCACCCUCCACAACCACUCCGUCCACCACCACUCCACCCAGCACAACCACUCCGUCCACCACAACUCAACCCACCACCACUCCACCCACCACAACCACUCCGUCCACCACCACUCAACCCAACACCACUCCGUCCACCACCACUCUACUCACCAUCACUCCGUCCACCACCACACAACCCAACACCACUCCGUCCACCACCACUCCGUCCACCACCACUCCACUCACCACCACUCAACCAAUGACCACUCCAUCCCCCACCACACCACCCGCCACAACCACUCCAUCCACCACCGCUCCACCCACUACUGCUCCAUCCACCACCACACCACCCGCCACAACCACUCCGUCCACCACCACUCAAUCCUCCACCACCACUCCAUCCAGAACCGCCCCACCCACUACCAAUCCAUCCACCACCACACCACCCGCCACAACCACUCCGUCCACCACCACUCAAUCCUCCACCACCACUCAACCCACCACCACUCCAUUCACCACCACCACCCCACCCACUACCACUCCAUCCACCACCACCCCAGCACCACCUCUCCACCCACCCUUCAUCAUUUUGCCCACCCCUUCACCCACUUCACCCACCACCACUCCACCCAGCACCACUCCAUCCACCACCACCACCCCACCACCACCUCUCCACCCAGCACCACUCCAUCCACCACCACCACCACCCCACCACCACCUCUCCACCCAGCACCACUCCAUCCACCACCACCCCAACCACCACCUCUCCACCCACCCUUCAUCAUUUUGCCCACCCCUUCACCCACUUCACCCACCACCACUAAUAAGCAUAAAACCUUGA